GAGAGAGACAGAGAGAGGGUGUCUGAGUCUCCGAGAGACCAGAGACACUUCUUUAGAGUCAGUUGCUUUGCUGAGAGGGGAAUUAAUUCAAUUAAUUGACUGUUAAUUUCUCCCUUUCCUAGCCUAGUGGCCCCCGUCUUAACCUUGAAGACUGAGUGGAAAUCGAAGAAGAGGAGACAGACCCGUUCUAAUGAUCGGAUCCCCGGCCUUCCCUAUCUAGAACGUUCACUUGUUGUUCCUCCUCCUCCUCCUCCUCCUCCUCCUCUUCCUCCUCCCACCACAUCCUCUCCGACGGUCGCUUCUUGUUAUUGUCAAAUUGUCGUUGUUUUUCCCCUCCCCCUCUCCUCUUUCCGCCUCCACCCACACCCACUUUCGCCUUACACUUUUCCUUUUCUAAAAUUACUUAUACAACACCGCACGCUGUGAUCCCUUCCGGACCAGGCCAUUGGUGUCCAAUGCGGCUCCCGUCAUGUCGCUCAAUGGGCUCGAUCAUCCCACCGUUAUCGAAGCCUACCAAACAGCCCUGACCGAGGCCGGCGGAUGGUUUCUGCUUCGGUAUGUAUCAAGGGAUGAGGUCGCUCUCCUCGAGCGAGGGACAGGCGGGGUUCCUGAUGUGCGCAAUGCAAUCGAGAGCUAUGAAGAGACGUCACCACUCUAUGGCUUCCUCCAGUACCGCCGGCGGAAGGUGGUACUCAGCUACUUGCCCGAAGGCAUGUCUCGGCUUCUUCAAGCGCGAACGACGGUCCAAUUCCAGUCCAUAUUAGACAAAUUCUCCCCACACGAUACCGUCUUCUCCGUGUCACAACCAUCGGAGCUCACUGAAAGUGCCCUGUCAUCCGCAUGCUUGCUACAUACGGCUUCCGGCUCGAUUACCUCCUCGUGCAGCUCCCUCCGCCGUCGCAAACUGAUGGAGAUAGCGGAGGAUGCAGAAGAACAGCCUGUAGACAAGGACACCCCUCCAGCAUUGCCUCCGAUGAGUGAGAUGCGACAAAGAGCCUACAGUCAGAUUUCCGAGGCCACGGUGGUUCCUCCUUCCACGGUAUCCAGUGUGCAACAGUCGCCCAUUGGUCCUGAGUCGAGUGUGACGACCCUGGAAAGCCUUCCAGGUAGAGAUCGGUCGCCGUCAGUAGCCACUUCGGAACGCGCUCCCUCCAUUAGAACCUUCCAGGAGGACGCUUCUCAGGCUGCUUCUGAAUCGCGCAAAUCCUCACAAUCGACUCGGCCAUCCAUCAAGGAGCUCGAACGUGCGGUGGGAUAUGUACCCAAAGUCAAGCUUGGUCCGCGGCCCUCAUUGGACGGAAGCGGGCGGCCUCGCACUGCAGGAAAUCUGUCGCGGACUGCUGACAAGCGGCCGGUAGCAUCGUUACCCGCUGGUGUUCGGUCGUCGGCCUUGCGAAAGGCCAACCCUAGCCCUUCGCGUCCGCGGUCUCAGGGGGGCAGCAGCACAUCCGCAUCCGUUAAAGUGCCUUCCGUACCACCGCUGCUGGUGCCUCCGUUGUCGGCGCCUGUAUCCAGACCCAAGCUUUCUCCGGGCGCCAAGUCUUUGAGUGCGUUGUCAUCGGGGGCGUCUCAUGAAAGGGAACGGUUGAUGAAAGCACUUCAGAUGCGAAAAACUCAAAUGGCGAAGAAAGCAAGAGAAGAAAAGAAAAUCGAAGCUACUGGAGGAAAAGGGGCAAUGAAACCGGAUCCGACCGAAAAUAAGGAGAAUACCAAUUACCAGCUCCCUGAAGAACCCAAGCAUCACUGGGACAAGGAUGAGCCGGUACCAGUGUCGGAACCCGGCAACAAGCCCCUAUCUGAAACUUCAGGAACCAUGCCUCCUGGAAAAUUACAAAAGGAGGCAGGGCGCCCUGCAGUCCCCAGUCUGACAAAACCCGAGCUGGCCAUGCAGGAGGCUGACACGGUGACCCCUGAUCCUCAAAAAGCGUCACAACCCGGAUCGGAGGCAUCGAGUGACGGCAGCCAGAUUGCGGCAACUACUGAAUCCUGCCAGCUGUCGGAAUCUGAAACACACGCUUUGGAAGAGGCCUUGGCCGCGUCCGACGACGGGGAGUCUACGGGUGGCCCCUGCACGUCUAGCGCCGUAUUCCACGUCCCACCAGAGAACGAUUCUGGAAAAGCUCCGAAGGAAGAAAUUGUUGGCCCCUCGCCACCCCAAACAGCAGACAACGAACCUCUUGUUCCUGGCGAACAAGAGGUACAAGAGGUCAAUUCGACAUCAUCGGAUUCAAUUCAGGCUCUUCAAUCCAAGUCAAUUCCCCGGCCCGAUUCUCCCUCUUUCAUUUCACGCCCAACUCCUUUCCCCGACUCGCCGUCGAUCCCCGUGCCUCAUUCUACCGCGCCGCAGCAUGACCUGACCCCUGAAUCCUCGAAUGUGGAGCGACAGCACAGUACUACUCGAAAGGAGAAACGCAAACCUUACCUUGAACCCAUUCAAGUACCUACUCCAGACUACUCUGAUGACGAGAACCUUCUCUCUGACGAUUCUUUCAUGGAAGAACUAAAAAGUGCCACCGUGGAAGAGGCCAAGCCGAUCUCGGUCGGCAUCUCCCCCCUCUCCCCCGGAUACUCGAACACAAGCAACGGCAACACCUCGCCUGACGCGUGGAGGAACUCCCGUGCCGUUUCCAAUCCCAGCGCUAUUGGACAUCAACCCCCCGAGAUGCAGGCCUUACCCAUGGGUCGGUCGGUGUCGACGUCGUACGCCGAUGCGGGGGACAGCAACAACCCCGUCCUGGUGGCCAAGAAGAUCAAUGUAUCGUCUGGCAUCUCAAAGCGCAUCAAGGCUUUGGAGAAGUUUUCCAACACCCGUGAAACCACCUCUACCGCUGGCCAGACCUUGGCCGCUCCUUCCUUCGAGACCCUACGGAAGGGUUAUUCGGACGCAUCGACCAUAUCGAGACCCGUUUCUUUCUACCCUGAAUCUUUCUCUCGCACAGCCAGCCUAAGGCGUCCUGUAUCUCAGGCUGGUCCUGGGCUCACGCGUAGCGCUAGCUCGGUCUCCGUGACCGCUCGCAUAGUUCGUGAGCGUCCCGCCACGGGAACGGAGGCGCCCUCCGAUCCCUCCGAGCCAGGCUCGCUCAACCUCUUGGCUAGUCCCCUGACUGUCGAGCAUAAUUCCAUUCCUGAUUUCCCUAUUCCACCGAGUCUUUCAAAAGAACCGGUGGUCACACCGCCGGAGGAGCCCGAUGUGCCCACGGCUUUAGAGAGUCCAGAACAGCAGUCUGCCGCUGCGUCGGACCCCCGUCCUGAGAGCAGAUCGUCUCAUACUUCUACCCUGAAGAACGAGGAAGCUAUUGAGGCAACCUCUCCGAUCGAUCUACCCUCGUCUCCUGAAGAGAAGAAGGCGUCCCGCACCUCCCGGCUUAUCCGCCGAAUGUCCUCGUUCACCUCCAACUCCCGCAAAAACGUCAUGGCUGCUCUAAGUCCAAUGGUGAAGGAGGAGAAAACUGCCUGUGAAGACAAGUCGGAAACUGCCGGCGAAGCGCCCCAGGCAAUUGACAUUGGCGAGGUCAACGUUCAAUUCCCUGAUACUCUACUAUGGAAGCGCCGCUUUGUUCGCAUCGAUGACAAGGGAUAUUUGGUCCUGACACCUGGCAAUCUUGACUCGAGCAACCGCAACAUGGUCAAGCGAUACCAUUUGACUGAGUUCCGGACACCUUGCUUGCCGGAUGAAGAUCGUCAGGAGCUUCCCAACAGUAUCCUCCUGGAUUUCAACGACGGCAACACACUUCAAUGUGCUUGCGAAUCGAGGAAUGGCCAGUCUUUUGUUCUUCAGACACUGGUUGAUGCUCACCGCACUUAUGGGCAAACGCUCGCUCAAUAGUUCCUUGUCAUCCUAUAGAACAUUUGCAUCCUCGCUCAUCGCCUAACCAUGCAUACUCCUGCGCCAUCUUUCUAUAUCUUGUUACCCGGUGUUUUCAGCGGUAUACCCCUCUAAAAUGGACUAUUUUGUUUACCAGCUGUUGUUCUGUACCUGUUUAAUCAUCUCGAUCUUCACCCUCUUUACUUCUCCUCCAGACUGGAUGUUAUGGACAAUGUGUAAUCCUAGUCGCUUUUGUGUGUACGGUCAAUAUUCUCGGACCGGUUGAAAUCUUUGUCAGUAAUGAUGUAACUGGGCCCCGUUGACUCGCAUGCCCUUGAUGGAAGACUUCGAGUAGGUCUGGGCGUUGGGACGGUUGCAUCGCUUGCAUAUGACAUGAAGUCUUUGUGACCGUCAAAAUAUUAUAUCUUCGGCUCUAUGUACGCUUAGCUUUUUCAC